UCAUUCGUUUUUGAACACCAUCAAAAUUCAAGAGUUGUAAAGAAAAAAGUUGUUAAUUUGAAAAUGUUCAGCUUUUUAAAGGGCGCCCCCGAACCCAUACCUAUGAGCUUAAAAGGCUCCCUAUUGCCUGACGUGGCCCGCUUUAAGCCCAACGAUGCCACUGAAUCACAGUUCUAUAAUUUCAUACGCGAAUUCUGCGUUAUCAACAAUAUGAGUCUGGAGACAGCCAUUCGAUACUCCCGAGAUGCUUGGCAAACGUUGUCCCACCAACAGCGCAAGCUCUACGAACGUGAAACUCAGCCGUCCCUGCCGCAGCCAAGGCUAAGACUCAUUCCCAACUGUCUGGCCAAUAUACGCAAUGAAGUGCAAAAGAAUAGGCGUGUGCGAAAACAGCAGCCAAAGACUCGACAAAUGCAGCGCCAGAGCUUAAAGAAGACUUCCUUGAAAACCAAAACGAGACCCGCUCUUAAAGUGAGUAGACAGCUGAAAGGGAAACGUAGACCCAGACCAAGGACCAAGGCAGUCAGGAAAAAACCACCAGCGAACGGUGGCCGUAGAAAAGGGCCCGAAGUGCACCCCCUUUGCCAAAUGGAAACAAUUGAUCUCACAUGGGAACAACCAAUACGAAUCAAAGUAGAGCCCACAGAUAGUACUUUGAAGGCGCCCAAAGCCAAACUUAAAGCCAAGGGCACCCCCAAAAAGCGUAAGGUGCCGAAAAAAAAGAAGAAAAAUUAGUUGUUCGAAUGGCAGUGUCGAUUUUUUUAUGUAUACUCCGUCCCAGUAUUUCCAAUAAAGUUGUUUAAUUUAUUAUAAUAUAUAUUCACAAACA